AAGAUGUUCGGGUUUCACAAGCCGAAGAUGUAUCGGAGUAUAGAGGGCUGCUGUAUUUGCAGAGCUAAGUCUUCCAGUUCUCGCUUCACUGACAGCAAGCGUUAUGAAAAGGAUUUCCAGAAUUGUUUUGGGCUCCAUGAGGCCCGCUCAGGAGAUAUUUGCAAUGCCUGCGUCCUUUUGGUGAAAAGAUGGAAAAAAUUGCCAGCAGGAUCCAAAAAAAACUGGAAUCACGUGGUAGAUGCCAGGGCUGGACCCAGUCUUAAAACAACAUUGAAACCAAAGAAAAUGAAAACUCUGUCUGGAAGCAGAAUAAAGAGCAAUCAAAUCAGCAAACUGCAAAAGGAAUUCAAGCGGCACAAUUCCGAUGCCCACAGCACCACUUCGAGUGCCUCCCCAGCUCAGUCACCCUGUUACAGUAACCAGUCUGACGAUGGCUCUGACACAGAGAUGAGCGCUGGGUCCAGCAGAACACCGGUUUUCUCCUUUUUAGAUCUCACGUAUUGGAAAAGGCAAAAGGUCUGCUGUGGAAUUAUUUACAAAGGGCGUUUUGGUGAAGUCCUCAUAGACACUCAUCUCUUCAAACCUUGCUGUAGCAAUAAAAAGUCUGCCACUGAAAAGCCAGAACAAGAAGGACCACAAUCUCCAGCAAUCUCCACCCAAGAGGAGUGGUGACUUCCUUGGAUAGCUGCAGAAGGUUAUACAGAUUCUCUUACUCUCUGGAAAAAUACUAGAAAAGUGACUGUUCACUUUGGACACCUGCUAUGCUGCCAAAAGACUAUUCCCUAGAACUGUUUUGGGUUUUACUGCUACAAUUCCACAAACUCUGAAGCCAGUUUGUAUCCUUUCAGAAAGACUGUACAUAAUAUUUAAGAUGCUAUGGAACACUUAGCAAAGCUGAAUGCUGCUGCAAGGUUGUCUAAUCUUCUCCCCCCCACCACUUGCUUCACAAGUGAAUAUGAGGAUGGGGUUUUGUAUAUUAAAGUAUAUGUAGUUCGGGUUUAUUGAAAGAAGCAGUGGUUGUAAGGCAUUUUGGUUUUUUAAGUUGGUUGGUAACCUCCCUUAAAUCCCCAAGAAAAUAUUUCAUUCUUAGACAUGUAUGAGUCAAUAAGAUGAACUAAUACAUAGAAAUGUUAUAAGUCACCUCUCUAGUUAUAUAAAUAUAUAUUUUUAAAGGUGUGGAGAUCUCACCCUAUACUACUGACGUAACAAAGACAAAUAUUUCAUCCCUCCUAUGUGACACAGACUGGUAAACUGCAGACAUUUCUACUACAAGUGGUAGUUAUCCAAGAAGGCCCCAACACAAAGUGCUCUUCAGGAGGGGUGGGAGAGCCCUCCUCCUUAGCUGGGGAGGAAGAUUUGCCUAAGAAUUGAACACAGUGAAAUGGGAGGCUAUUUUGUAGAGACACCCUGGGCUUCAUGCAGUAACUGACUGGUGAUGAGAGAUGGACCAAGAAAACAUCUUGAUGCCCAAGUUAGGUGUAGAUGAUGGCCAAAACUGAGUAACUGCAAUCUGAUGGCCCAGUGCAGCUGAAAUGUGACCACAGACUGGACUUCCUGCUGGUUUUGGACCUGACCUAGAACCAAACCCCUCGCUAAGCAAGUCAGGCUCUUGUCCAGGGACAUAAUCUGAUGGCAGCCUGGGGUCUGGAUUCAUGAUUGCCGUUUUGGAACCCUUCCCCUGCAGUGCUUCUCUGUGUUUGGAUUUUGGGGUUUUGUUUGUUUGUUUAAACAACCACCAGAUCAAUGCUUUUUGUGAAUAUUGAAUAUGAAAAGUUCUGUUAAGAAUGGUGCUGUACUGAAUCGAGGCAGCUCUGUUUGCAUACAUGAUCAAAAGAUAGUAUUUCUUCCAUGGGUUCCCAGGCAAACUCGUGUGCAAACCAUUGUGGCGCUCCGUCAAACUCCACUUUGCCUGUAGGGUGGAAGCAGCUUCCUGGAAGAGUGUGCUGCAGUUUUAGCUCCCAAUUGCUUCAUGUUCCUUUUAUGAAGGUUUAACUUGUAUAAGUUGGGAAUUCUGCUUUUUUUUGUUUGUUUCUGUUUUGGGGGGAGGGGGGAUUUUUCUUACUAUUACUCUUUUGGGAUGUUCUACAACGGAUUGCUACAGGCUUUCCUUUCUGUGAGAGUCAUCAGCAUAAUACUGUGGUGGGUAGGGGUUAGGACUGGAUUUCCAUGUAAUCUCACUUCCUGAAAUGGGAAUGCUUAGCAAAUGAAAAUAUAGGCAGGGAAAGAUACGCAGGUUUUAA